AUGUUAAUAAACUUUAUUCCAAUACUUAUAUUCUUGACUGAAAUUGCUGCUUUAGAGACUACAAAGACUACAAAAGACCUAAAAUGCGUCAAUGGUCAUCGACCACUUCUGGAUGAAAAUUUGCGGGUGUUUGAAUGUGCAAGAGGUUGUCCGGACACUUUUUAUUGUGAAAAUCAGACUCGUAUCCGAUAUUUAAAGUCAUUUUUUACAGUCAGGACACCCAAAAAACCUUCAAUUCCAAUUGGAAAGUUCCGCCGAACUGGAAAGAACAGUGUCGUAAUUUCAUGCUCCAACUCAACGUCCCAGCCACUAGCAAAAUGGUAUUUCGAUAUACAGACCUUGGCUUGCGAGAUGUAUCCAUUUGGAAUGUGUGAGGAUGAUCCGUUAGGCAAACUCGCUCUACGGACAAAGGAGGAAUGUGAGGAGAGGUGCGACGUGGCAAAAGUCAAGGAGGCACUGGAAAAAUUGGGUCGAAAUGAGCUGAGCAAUGUUGAAGUACCAAAUGAGUUGCCAGUGGUGCCAAAUGCCGCCCAAAUCGCCAUUGAUGACGUCAUUCAGGAGUCCAAACACAUCAGAGGCCGCCCAUUUGCCAUCGAACCGCCCACGGAUUUGGUACAUCAAAUUCAUGUGAAAUCCGACAGAAAACCAAUUGAAAAACUGAUUGAAAUCGACGAGAAUCAAUUGCUCACCACUAAUCAAGACGAUGGGAUUACGGUACCUACAGGAACCUCGGAUAUUUUGGAAAUUCUGAAUGACGAUGGAGACGUGGAAGGGUCCGGGACGUCUUCUAAGAUUUCUGGGGGUUCUGGAAUUCUAGAAUCUGAGACGCUGGAAUCUGGAGUUUUUGAGGAAAACGAAAAUUCAGAAGAAAAUCUGCAAGAGAACAAAAUAACGGUGAAAAUCGAGAGACAACAGAGAAGUGAGAAAAAUUCAAAAAGUCUAAAAUCGAUGGGAGAGAGUUUUGAGCGAUUUUAUCAGAGAAAUAAAGAUACCGUAUCCUGUUCUGCCACUCCAUACCGCCUUCUAUGCCCCAAUGGUGCUCCAUCUCAAUUUGUGUAUCGAUGGGAAAAAGUGGGCGGAGCCUGUCAGUCAUUCCCAUACGGAUAUUGUUUGAAACAACAGAAUGUCCCCCAUCCGAGGACGCGAGCCGAGUGCGAGCAGUUUUGUGAUUAG